AUGUUUUGUUUAAUAUCAAAAUUAGUCCAUCUGCACUGCUGCUGCUCUGCGGUGUACGUACACCUCAAACUCACUUCAAAUGACUUAAAGCUCUCGUCAGCUGCAGCACAGAAACAAAACAAAAUUAAAAUUAAAUUGAAGCCAAACCAGCAGCAGCAGCAGCAGCAGCAACAGCAGCAGCAGCAGCAACAGCAGCAACAGCAAAGUGACUACGCGCAAGGGACCGGCACAGCAGCAGCAACAGCAGCAGCAGCAGCAGCAACAGCAGCAGCAGCAGCAGCAACAGCAGCAACAGCAGCAACAGCAGCAGCAACAGCAAAUGCGACAACGAGACCGCCCAAUGCAAAUGACAAGAACAGCAGCAAGGGAUUAACGGCGCAGAAGCAGCAGCAGCAAAGACAACAACACCAGCAGAGGCAGCAACAGCAACACCAACAGCAGCAGCAGCAGCAGCAGCACACUCGACACUUAGACAGCAGUAACAGCAGCAGCAACAGCAGCACUAACAGCAGCACUAACAGCAGCACCAACAGCAGCACUAACAGCAGCACCAACAGCAGCAGCACCAACAGCAGCAGCACCAAUAGCAACAGCACCAACAGCAGCAGCACCAACAGCACCAGCACCAACAGCAGCAGCACCAACAGCAGCAGCACCAACAACAGCAGCACCAACAACAGCAGCAGCACCAACAGCAGCAGCACCAACAACAGCAGCAGCACCAACAACAGCAGCAGCACCAACAGCAGCAGCACCAACAGCAGCAGCACCAACAGCAGCAGCAGCACCAACAGCAGCACUAACAGCAGCAGCAGCACCAACAGCAGCACUAACAGCAGCAGCAGCACCAACAGCAGCACUAACAGCAGCAGCAGCACCAAUAGCAGCAGUAACAGCAGCAGCACCACUAACAACAGCAGCAACAGCAGCAACAGUGCCAACAGCAGCAGUAACAGCAGCAGCAGCAUCAGCAGCAGCAGCACCAAUAGCAGCAGCACCAACAGCAGCAGCACCAACAGCAGCAGCACCAACAGCAGCAGCACCAACAGCAGCAGUAACAGCAGCAAUACCAACAGCAGCAGUAACAGCACUAACAGUAGCCCCAAUAGCAGCAACGCCAACAGCAGCAACGCCAACAGCAGCAGCACCAACAGCAGCAGUAGCACCAACAGCAGCAGCAGCACCAACAGCAGCAGCAGCAGUAACAGCAGCAGCAGCAGCAGUAACAGCAGCAGCAGCAGCAGUAACAGCAGCAGCAGCAGUAACAGCAGCAGUAACAGCACCAGCAGUAACAGCACCAGCAGUAACAGCACCAGCAGUAACAGCAGCAGUAACAGCAGCAGCAGUAACAGCAGUAACAGCACAACACCAGCAACAGCAGCAGCAGCAGCAGCCGCAGCAGCAGCAGCAGCAGCCGCAGCAGCCGCAGCAGCAGCAGCAGCAGCAGCAGCAGCUGACCCAGUUCUUUGUGCUUGA